AUGAGCCGCUACGAUGCAGCCGUGCUGAAAGACGAGGUCGCGCUUGAGGUUGCCAUGGGCGACCUCGAAAACAAUCUCGCAAGGACAGCCAAUGUGGACGGCAUCGUAGAGGAUUUGCUAUCAAUUCCUUGUCUGUUAGAAUUCGCUCUGGCCAGCCUCAGUGAUACGGCGGCUCACAAAUUGAGCGAUGGUAUCUUCGAGGCUCUGCCGAUUGAAGCGAGCCUUUUUUCAGCCUCUUUGGGCUGCCGCGUUCUCCAACGUCUGUCUCUGUUCUUUGUUUUCUUGUCGUAUCCUUCGCCUGCAGAUAUACCCGAUGGCAUCCUCAUGGAACAUCAUUCUGUCGAACGCGCCAAACGACUGCUACACAUACUCGCUCAGCACUUGUUUGAGAGCAGUGGAAGGACUGGAGGCCCUGUCAGAGGUUCGAAAAAACAGAAGGCGAAGCAACAGGUGCAACGGCCUGCACCUAUGCCUACGUUGGAUUCGAAGGUGUUCAACGAUCUGGGGAUCGAGGUCCCUUCCAAUCGGAAUGAAGCUCUCGCUGUGGCGGCGAGCGUCAUAGAAACUCAGAGACACCUUCUGCAGACCCUGACCCCUCGACGUCCCCUCAAGCGGAUAGCACGUCUUCAGCGAGCCCAUUCAGCUGUCUCAUGGAAGGUCAUGGUACAGCCGACGCGCAGUCUCAUGGAAUGGGAUGGGAUGGGCCGACCUCGGCCGACCGCAACUGUCUCAUGGAAGGUGAUCAAGUCGGCCGAGCGCAAGGCGGGCAAAGCGGCACAAGGCGGGCAAGGCGGUGCGUGGGACGAUUGGCUGCCCCAGACAUUCUCACCCAGCUGA